AUGCGUUUCACCACUGUUAUCUUGUCCUGCUUCGCAAGCCAAAUGGCUGUGCAGGCCACAAGCUUCGUAACUAUCGUCAAGACUGUUGCAGCUGUGUCCAGUGUUGACGUUUCUACUCCAGCACUUGACCACACGCCCUUCCCCCAGCUGGCAUCGAUCAGCCGACGUGAAGAAGUCAACUUGACCGAGACCACUUCCAUGACACGCAUUUACCUCACAUCGCCAUACACUACUUACGUUGAAAUCCCUUUGACACCACUCUCAGCUGGGAAGUCAAUAUCUGAUGCCUCUGGUCACGUUGAGCCUACCGAGAGUACCAAGGUCAAGUCCACCAAAGUCAAGUCCACCAAAGUCAAGUCCACCAAGAUCAAGUCCACAACCUCAACCGCCUCCAUGACACGCAUUCACCUUACAUACCCAUACACUACUGUUGUGGACAUUCCCUUGACAGCACUACCAUCUGGUUACGUUGAGCCUACCCACAAGUCAAUCAAGUCGACAAACUCAACUGUUUCCAUGACACGCUACCACUUCACAUCACCAUACACUACUGAUGUUGACAUCCCUGUGACAGCAGUACGAACUGAGAAGUCCGUCAAACCUGUCGGAUUCACCACAUCCACGACAUCCACAACAUCUACAUCUACGAGCUCUACCAGCUCUAGCACAACUUCAACUCCACCCAGUGCUUGCGAUAUCUAUCCUUAUCCUGCAGAAUAUUGCGACGACUCGAGUUCAACUACCUCGAGUGCAACUGCCUCGAGUGCAACCGCCUCUAGUUCUACCAAGACACGUUGGUGA